AUGGUCGGCAAUGUUGUCUCAAAUGUCGCUGCUAUGAGCCAAGGAGAACGAAAGUUUGCACAGGUAGAGAGGGCUGCCGAGGAGCUCGGCAUUCGCCUCGCGGAGUUGCAUGACUUCCUUGCCACUUCUGACGGCAACGAUUUCAUGACCCAGCUUUCUGGGGUGGCUGGUCCCCAGCAAAUCUCUUCUGGUGAUGACCACACCCAGGAGCCACUCUCCCAAGAGCCUUCUUCACAGGACAAUGCCCACCAGGAGCACGCUUCCGGAGACAGUUCUUCCGAAGACAGUUCUUCCUACGAGCCUUCCUCUCCAGAGCAGUCUGCUCAGCAAGCCUCGUCACAGGAAGGAUUUUCUCAGGAGAAUGUCGAAGCACGUCCUAUGACAUUGACUCUCUUAAACACCCCGCCAUAUGAGAACUGA